CAUCACCUGAUCUGUACUGUACUGGCCUCUGAAAAUAGUCAAACUUCAACGAUGAGAGUAUCUUCAUUAUAAUAUAAGGAUUCCUAUGUGUUGUUCAUACACCUGGAGCAUCACCUGAUCUGUACUGUACUGUCCUCUGAAAAUAGUCAAACUUCAACGAUGAGAGUAUCUUCAUUAUAAUAUAAGGAUUCCUAUGUGUUGUUCAUACACCUGGAGCAUCACCUGAUCUGUACUGUACUGGCCUCUGAAAAUUUCGAAAGCGAUAGUUUCGUUCGCGUCGCUCGCAUUCCAAGAUGAUGUUUGUGCUCAUUCUUGUGGCUGUGGCUCUCAUUGAUGUAAGCGUGGCUGCUGUGGCUGGUGAUGAGAUCAAGAUGAUGCCUGGUCUGAAAAAACAACCAAGCUUCAGACAGUACUCGGGCUACCUGAAGGCUUCGGGCACCAAGAAACUACACUACUGGUUUACUGAAUCACAGAAUAACCCUAAAAUUGACCCGCUUGUUCUGUGGAUGAAUGGGGGACCAGGUUGUAGCUCCGUCUUGGGACUACUCACAGAAAACGGUCCAUUUAGGGUUAUGGAUGAUGGCAAGACAGUUGUGUAUAGUGAAACCAGCUGGAAUAAGGUAGCCAACAUGCUGUUUCUGGAGGCACCAGUGGGUGUUGGGUUCUCCUACUCUGACGACAAAAACUACACCACUGGAGAUGACCAGGUUGCCUUUGACAACCACAUGGCCCUGAAGGAUUUCUUUGCCAAGUUUUAUGAGUACAAAGAUCAUGAAUUUUACAUCACUGGAGAGAGCUAUGGUGGCAUAUACGUACCAACACUGAGUUCUCUGGUGGUGGAUGACAAAAGCAUAAACUUCAAGGGUUUUGCUGUUGGUAAUGGCCUCUCUAAUGACGAGAUGAAUGAUAACUCACUGAUCUACUUUGCCUACUACCAUGGUCUCAUUGGUGAUAAUUUGUGGAAAGAUCUACAGAAGCACUGCUGCUCUGUUUGUGAACCAAGAUGCCUCUUCACAGAGAACAAAAAGGAUAUAGAUUGUGGGAAAGCUAUAGGUGAGGCUUCUAAGGCUGUGUAUGGCGGUGAUCUCAACAUCUAUAAUCUUUAUGCGGAGUGUGCCGGUGGGGCCGUUGGACUGACUGCUCACUUUGACGAAUCUCUACAGAAAGUCGCAACGUCUGACUUCGGCUGGCCGUUCAGUUCAGUGGAAUCUCUUCACAAGGAUAGAGAGAUGUUAAAGAUGAUGAACCCUGAGAAGUUAAGUUUAUCGCCGCCGUGUAUCAAUUCCUCAAACAUUGUGUCAUAUCUCAACACGGACAUUGUGCGAAAAGCUCUCCAUAUUCCUGCGGUGGUACAAAAGUGGGAGACUUGUAGUGCCAUUGUUGGGAUGCAUUACAAAAGAAAAUACACCGAUAUGUCAGCUCAGUAUGGUAAAGUUCUUAAGGCUGGGAUACGAGGGCUGGUGUACAAUGGAGAUAUUGACAUGGCAUGCAACUUUCUAGGAGACGAGUGGUUUGUCGAUUCUCUAGGACUCAAGAUGAUUGCAGAGAGGAAGCCUUGGUUCUUCAUACAGAAGGACGAUACAAAGCAAGUCGCCGGAUACGUCAAAACUUUCACCAAUCUCACUCUUGUCACGGUGCGGGGGGCAGGUCACAUGGUGCCAACCGAUCGAGCUGUCCCAGCCUUGAAGAUGUUUUCCCAUUUCCUUAAAAAUAUACCACUGAAUGAAACAGGCCACUUUUAGUAGUACAAUCUGGAAACAUACCAGAGCUUGUAAACAUGUCACAAACUAAGUAUAUAUGUUGCCUUAAACUUGAUAUGCAUCGCCACUGAAUGAAACAGGAUACUUUUAGCAGUACAAUCUGGAAACGUACCAGAGCUUGUAAACAUGUCACAAACUAAGUGUAUAUGUUGCCUUAAACUUAAUAUGCAUCGCCACUGAAUGAAACAGGAUACUUUUAGCAGGUACAAUCUGUAAACGUACCAGAGCUUGUAAACAUGUCACAAACUAAGUGUAUAUGCUGCCUUAAACUUAAUAUGCAUCGCCACUGAAUGAAACAGGAUACUUUUAGCAGUACAAUCUGGAAACGUACCAGAGCUUGUAAACAUGUCACAAACUAAGUAUAUAUGCUGCCUUAAACUUAAUAUGCAUCGCCACUGAAUGAAACAGGAUACUUUUAGCAGGUACAAUCUGUAAACACAUCACAGACUAGUAGUAUUAACUUUAGUGUACAGUAGGAUCUCAUUGGGUCGAACUCGGAAAGGUAGAAUACACCGCAACGCUUGAACCAAAAACGAAGUCCCGAAUUACACUUACUAUGCAUAUUUCUCGAACACCAACAGGGAUUCAACUGUAUAUGCUGCCUUAAACAAUAUAUGCAACAUCACCGAAUGUAACAGGAUACUUUUAGCAUUGCAAAAUGUAAACUGCCAAGUGCCUGCAAACAUAUCACAUAAUAGUAUUGUUAUUUCAGCAUGUGUGCUGUCUGAAACUUAUGCAUCAUGUUUAUGAAAUGUAAAAGAGAAAGGAAUACUGAAAUUCUCAACAAGUUUAAUUAUACACUGAAAUAAUUAAAGGGACAUACCCUAGUUUUUAAGCACUAAGGCAUAUUUUUUACCAUUAGAGCCAUUUUUGAUAACUGAAAUCAUAAUUUACUUAGAUUUUAUUGUUUAUAUUAUCCAUUUCCGUAC